CUAAUUCCAGAUCGGAUCAUCAACCUACUACAGCAGGCAGUCUUUUCACCAAGUACAGACCAAAAAAGGUUGCAGCCUGCAUCCAAACCCCACUACGUGGCAACGUCACAAUAACUGUCCGCUCACCACAAUCUUCCAUUCACCCUUUCCGGCGCUUGCCCCAACCAUACCGCGUUCGAGCCGUCUCCAUCUCCUCCCACCAACCAGCGGUCACAUCCGUUCGCUUCUAACUAGGGCUCGUAUGGACUCCUUCCGAUCGAGCGCCGGAGUGAUUGUGUGCCUGAUCGUAAGAAGGGAGAAGAUGUUGGCUUGAUAUGCGAAGAACUAGGGUUUUUGUUUGGGGAGCGAACUUUUCCGGUUAGUAUAGAUAUAGAGAACCUGCUUAAGAGGAUGUGAAGAAAGAUUUUGCUUCAACCAUCUAAUAAUUCCAGCAUCUGUGAUGAACUAACUAGGAGUCAAACAGAGGAGCAAGAGCGACGUCAUAAUCCUACUUCUGAGUUGGAUCGUGUUAUGCUAGCUAUAUCAGGAAUGUUUUUCCUAUGCUUCGGUUUGCUAUGUCCUUGUUUUCAUACCAGAAGGAAAGAUGCAAGCGAGGAUCCUGUUCUAGCAAAGGAUAUGAAUUCAACGGGUUCUUCGGAAAUGAGAUCGGAUUCAGAUAGAACGCCUAGAAUUUCAUUUAGAGUACCACCAAGUCCUUCUAGAUUUUCCCCAUCUCCCCGAUCAAGUGCUAUGGGCCCAUUGCAUCUCACUCUUGAGCAGAUUACUAAAAUCACUCAGAAUUUUUCUCCUGCUCUAAAAGUCGGCGAAGGUGCUUUCGGUAUUGUCUACAAGGGCAAGUUCCCAGAUGGUCAGGUUGUUGCCAUUAAGAGAGCAAGGCAGGAAUAUUGUGCUUCUUUACAAGCAGAAUUUAGCAAUGAAAUUGCACUGCUUACCACAAUCGAGCAUAGAAAUUUAGUCAGGUUACUUGGUUAUGUCGAUGAAGGAAAUGAACGCCUUAUUGUUGCUGAAUAUGUUCCAAAUGGCAAUCUUAGGGAACAUUUGGAUGGUCAGCGUGGGAAUAUUCUGGACUUCAGUCAACGGCUGGAAAUAGCCAUUGAUGUUGCUCAUGGAUUAACUUAUCUUCAUCUAUAUGCAGAAAAGCCCAUAAUUCACCGUGACGUGAAGUCGUCAAACAUUCUACUAACAAAGAACUUGAGAGCCAAAGUGGCUGAUUUUGGGUUCGCCCGAACUGGCCCAACCGACCAGUCUCAUGUAAAGGCCAGUGUUAAAGGAACAUUCGGGUAUGUCGACCCUGAAUACCUGAGGACGUACCAUCUCACACCUAAGAGCGAUGUGUUCUCUUUCGGUAUACUACUACUAGAGGUUCUGACUGCACGUCGACCUGUAGACACGAACACAAGGAGAAGUCUUGAUGAAAGGGUUACCAUCCGUUGGGCCUUCAAUAAAUAUAACCAAGGGAGAAUAAGAGAAAUCCUCGACCCUAGGUUACAAGAAGUGGUAAAUGAGGAGGUACUGAAAAAGAUUUUUGAUUUGGCAUUCCAAUGCGCAGCUCCAACUCGUCAUGAUAGACCGGCAAUGAAAGAAGUCGUUGAACAGCUUUGGGAGAUAAGGAAAGAGUAUGGGAAGAGCCAUAGAAGAGCAGAGGCAAUUCGCUGAUUUUAAAGAAAAGAAAAAAAAAAUAAUCUGACAAUAGGAGCAUUGGACAUUUGACCUGAAAGAAGCUCAGCAUUCUUAGGCUUUGUUGUGACUAUGCGUCCAUAAGCAACUGUGUUGAUGCUUUAAAGCCCCUCAAAAAACUCGAAACCACUUUGUAGCUUUGCUGCUUCGACACAAAGAAUUGGGAACCUCCACUGGAAUAGCAUUCAAUAGAAAACUUCUCUAGCAGGUUCUGCUUCUCGGGAACCUCCACUAGAGAGGUUGAGCUCUGAAGCAUUUUCAGGUUUUCUUAAGGGGAGCUCUUAAGCAUCAAAGUUGCAUGUGGGGAAUGCAUUUCCAUAGUAGGCCAUAGUCUUAUAUUGUCUGCAAAGUUUUCGUAUAAUUUUGUGAAGAAUGAACCUUCAUGAAUGUAUAAACCUGUGAGUUGAUUAUAUCAUGAUAAAGUAUUUUUUGCAGCUGAAAGCAUUGAAGAAAUUUUUGUUAU